AUGGAUUCUCCUAGUUCUUCAUCCAUGAUAAAUUUUUACUACAACGAGUAUUUUGCGGAUGGUGAUGGUUCGACCGAUGAGGAGCUCGAGCAAGAGGCGGUUACGAGUGCAUGUCAACUAGUGGUGCGAUAUGUCAAGCAUUCUAGUCGGCCCCAAGCACAAAAAAAUAAAAGAGGCUAUGUUGAACGAGUCCGACGCGCGGCACACGAUCGUUUGAUGAAAGAUUAUUUUGACGAGGCGCCAACAUUCUCAAACGAAUUUUUUAGGCGGCGUUUCCGAAUGAGUAAGCGGUUGUUUCUACGCAUAGUCAACGAUUUGGAAGCGAACUACGAUUAUUUUAAACAAAAACCGGAUGCGAGAGGGGCACUUGGAUUUACGGGUAUAAUUGAUGUGUACGGUGCGCGUUAUCUUAGAACGCCUACAUGGGAGGACCUUCAAAAGAUCUACGAGGUACAUAACGCCGAGCAUGGUUUGCCUGAUCCAGGAUUUUUGAUCAAUGUGGGACAAGCCGAGUUAGGUUAG